AUGACAACAGCCGCACCGGCUGCACAACACUCGAUACGAACCUACCUGACCGACGUGACGUUGUACUGUACGCCGUCCGGCGUCGCCCAGGGAAAUCCCACUCCGCCGCCACAGAGCAGGCAGGACUUCAGUGAAGAGGGCGGCGACGCGCCUUCGCCCGCCGACCCGUCCACCUCGGAUCAGAACAAGAAGCGCAAGACUGCGGGGAGCAGCUCACGCGGCGUUGCGAACCUGACGCCGGACCAGCUCGCGAAGAAGAGGGCGAAUGACCGGGAGGCCCAGAGGGCCAUUAGGGAGCGGACCAAGAACCAGAUUGAGAGUCUGGAACAGAAGAUCAGGGAGUUGACAAGCCAGCAGCCGUAUCAGGAGCUGCAGAAUAUUCUACGGCAGAAGGAGCUGGUGGAGGCUGAGAAUGCGGAGAUCAAGAAGAGGCUGGCUUCGGUGCUGGCUCUAGUACAGCCUGUGCUGGGACAACAUGGUUCGUCCCUUGUUGCCGUUUCGAAGACUACAACUGAUUAUCUUGCAGCUCUCGACGGACCUGCGAUAUACAACUCUCCUCAUUACGUCCCGAAUCGGCCGAGCUCCUCUUCAACCUUCAAUACGACUACUCCGACUAGUUCAGCGUCCCCUGUGGUGAGCGCAGGUGUAAAUCUGCAAUAUCAAGUUCCCAACACACCAAUGGUUGUAGGUAUGGGCAACAGCAACUACAACACACUAUUGAAUGCGCAAGCCCAGCUGUCGAGGCAGAAGCAAGAGAUGUCACAUAACUUGGAAAUGGGGCCUGAGAGGCUAGGACUAGAGUUUCUGCUCGACGGUAGCCAGAAACCCAACAAGCUCUCGAAUGGUAUACACCAUACACACGAUCCAGCCCUCUACCAAAAUCCUGCUUCUGCCCUCUCCAGAACCAACUCGUCAGGAAGCCACGGCAGCUACAACAACUCGAGUCCAACCCUCGAAGUGGCCGGCUACGCAGCACCUACACGCAACGGUCCUGCCACCUGCCCGCUGGACACCAUCCUCCUCGGUUUUGUCGCCGACCGCCAGAGAGAAGCCGCCUCUGGCGUCGAGACCCCCCGUCUCGUCGGGCCUGCCUACCCAUCCGUCUCGUCCCUCCUCAAUCCCGACAAAGCAGAAACAUCGCAUCCGCUCUCCAAGGUUUUCAUCGACAUACUAGCCACCUUCCCGGCCAUCAACACGCUACCAGAGAAAGUGGCCGUUCUCUACAUCAUGUUCCUCGUCAUGCGCUGGCAAAUCUCGCCCACGCAAGAGAACUACGACCGCCUCCCCGAGUGGGUCACCCCGCGGCCGUCACAGAUCUUCACAGUGCACCCAGCGUGGAUCGACCACUGCCCGUGGCCGAAAAUGAGGGAUAGACUGGUAAGGGAUUAUAACCCUCGGGAGUAUCUGUUUGAUAACUUCUUCGUCCCGUAUACUUCGACGCUGAGUCUGAACUGGCCAUACGAGCCGACGGCGACUCUGCUGAUGGAGGGUGACGACGUGGUCAUCAACCCAGUGUUCGAGUGCCACUUGAGACGGCUGGAUAACUGGAGCUUGGGCCCUGCCUUUGCCAAGGCGUUUCCGGGGUUGCAAGACACCUACCGGCUGAAGGUUGACGGUGAUCGCCGAUAA